AUGACUAUUGUUCUUACUCCCGUCUGGCAAAAUGGUGUCCAAAAACUCAAAAUGGCUCCUCAACCGCCGCCCAGGCCCCAACACGGUCUUACUCCCCCAGAACUCGAUGACGAGGUGCACGAAACUCGUUGCAUGACCCAGCUUCGCGGCAAAGUGUCUGAUAUUGAACGUUACAUCUACUUGAGCGCACUGAAGCAACACGAUCCUCAUAUGUUCUAUCGCCUCUGCCUGAAACAUAUGGCCGAAUUUACCCCUAUCAUAUAUACCCCGACAGUUGGCCAGGCUUGCCAGGAAUACAGCCACAACUACCGCCGUCCUGAAGGCCUCUUUGCCUCCAUCAAAGACAAGGGCAAAAUCAAGUCGGUCCUCCGUGCAUGGCCAAAGAUCGACGAUGCGCGCAUCAGCGUGGUAACAGAUGGUUCUCGCAUCCUUGGUCUCGGUGACCUCGGAAUCAACGGGAUGCCCAUCUCGAUUGGAAAGCUCAGUUUGUAUGUCGCUGGCGCAGGCAUCCGUCCCCAGUCCACCAUCCCGAUCUGUCUGGACCUUGGGACCAACACCCAGAAGUACUUGGAUGACCCUUUGUACCUGGGCAUGCGGAAGCGAAGAGUCCCCACCAACGAAAUGACGGAAUUUAUGGACGAGUUCAUGCACGAAAUGAGCGUGCAAUUUCCAAAACUGCUAGUUCAAUUCGAAGACUUCUCAACCGAUCAUGCAUUCCUCUAUCUCGAGAGAUACCGAAACCAAUACCCUGUGUUCAACGAUGACAUCCAAGGCACUGGCGCUGUUGUUCUGUCCGGCUUCAUCAAUGCGGCACGUUUGGCAUCCGCUGCCUCUGGACAACCCCUCACAGACCAUCGUAUUCUGUUCUUUGGGGCUGGCUCCGCGGGUGUCGGUGUUGCUAUGCAACUCAUGAGUUUCUUCACGCUGGAAGGUCUUUCAGAGGAGGAGGCGCGUAACCGCAUCUACCUCGUCGACACGCAGGGCUUAGUGUAUGCUUCUCGCGGCGAGCUCGCAGAGCACAAGCAAUACUUUGCCCGAACGGACUAUACUGGACCACCAAUCAAAAACCUGCUCGAUGUCGUUGAAUAUGUUAGGCCAACGGCCCUGAUGGGUCUUUCGACUACGUCGGGUGCCUUUUCGCCAGAUGUUAUCCAGACUAUGGCCGCACUCAACCCCCUGCCCAUCAUUUUCCCGCUCAGCAACCCAGUGAAACUUUCAGAGUGCACAUUUGAAGAUGCCGUCCGCUUUACGAACGGCAAAGUUCUUUUUGCCAGCGGGUCGCCGUUCCACGAGCUUGAGCACCGCGGUCAAAUGCUCUAUCCGGGCCAAGGCAACAAUAUGUAUAUUUUCCCGGGUCUGGGCCUCGGCGCGAUUCUUGCCCGCUGCUCAAGCGUGACGGACUCGAUGGUGGAGGCUUCGUCACUUGGUCUGGCGAACUCGCUCACCCCAGAGGAGGAGGACAUGAACCUGCUUUACCCCCAAAUCGAGCGCAUUCGCGAAAUCAGUGCGUUCAUUGCUAUGCAAGUCAUCCGGGCUGCCCAAACUGCUGGUGUGGAUCGCAAUGCCGACCUGCGUCGCAUGAGCGACAGCGAGCUGCUUGCUUUUGUCACGAGCAAGAUGUGGAAUCCCUGA